ACCGGCCGCUGUGAGUGGCUGUGAUCAAUUGCAACGUGGUCAAAAAACGGGAUGCUCCCUUCUGGAGAACAUGUAAUUUUUUUCCUUAUAAGGUGGACCUAUCAAAACGUGUAAUAAUUAAUUGACCAAUUGCUAAGUGGGUGCCAUCUCUCCUCAGCAAGAGAGAAAUGUAUGCGAUUGGCUUGCCUGGUCAUUUCUUCUUUCGUAUUCGUCAAAUAAUAUACGAGCGGCAUUUAUAUUUCUCAUUGGUCAAUACGUUUACCACCACAGAUAAAUUCAAGUUCAAAUGAAACACAAUUGCUAACCGCCGCUGCUAAGAUUCUAUACAAAGAGCAAGGCAUCGCGUACGUUUCCGGCUAUUUCUUCGUUUUGUGUUUGUAGCUUGCGUUCGAUUUGAAAUAUUACGGUAGUUUCAUUUUUCUUCUAUGCGAAAACGCUUUGAUUUGAAAAAAACAUAGUGAAUAAACGUUAUCAAUGUCACGCGAACAUUAGGUAAUUGUAUGGUAAAUGAUAACACGUAGAGAAUUGUUAAACUUGCUGCAAUUAAAAGACUGAGUGUGUAUUGUGCGACGAGUAUAUUAAGAUUUUGAGUGCGUAUUAUCAAUAUGGAAUCUCGUUUACCAAAACCAAAAAUAAUGAUAAAAAAAGCGAUUAGUACAACAGAUAUAACUACUAAGAAUAAUAAUCAUAAAAUAACCAAAGGUAACAAUAAUAUAUCAACAUUAACUACAGCGAGUUCUACUAAUCAAAAACCUACAACUAUGAAUGAAAAUAAACCACCAGCUAAACAAACUUUAACUCGAGCAAAAACAUUGGCCUCAAUCACACGACCAAAUAAUGUGAAAGCUGUAAAACGAACAGCUACUAAUAUAAUACAUGGAGAAGUAAAGAAAUCUCUUGUCAAACCUGUUGCUAAAGCAUUAAUAAAUAAACCAAGUAAUAAUGUAUUGACAACUAAUAGUACAGUGAACAAGGUAAACAAAGAUGUUCUAAAUAAUGUAGAUAAUAAAGAAGGCAAGUUUAAAAAAUGGGAUUUACGAGGUCGUUUAGCACAUACAAGUGAUAAAUUGACAAUGGCACAACAGAAAAAUAAAGACAUGGAAUCAAAGUAUAAUACACUUCAAGAAAUGAUAAAUGCUUUAAAAACUAGCGAAACUGAGUGUAGAAUAAAAGCAGAGAAACUUGAAGAUUCAAAUAACACUUUAACUAAUCAACUUGAGACUUUAACUGUAGAAAUGUCUGCAAUUAAAAAAAAUCAGGAGGAUUUAAUAAAACGAUUGAAGGAAUCAGAAGAAUCGUGCACAAAUGUUUCUCGCAUAUUAAAUGAAUGUCAAAAAAAGUGUAAGAUGCAAGAAGAAUUGAUUUUAGAACAAUCUGAACAAUUAACGAUAUUGAAAACAGACUUAAAAUUACAAAAGGAGAUAAAUGAGGAUUUAAGUACUGUUAAAGAAGAAUUACAAGUCUUGACUCAUAGAAUGGAUAAGGAACGAAGAUUAUUGCAUAAUACAAUACAAGAAUUAAAAGGUAAUAUCAGAGUAUUCUGUAGAGUUCGUCCAAGAACUCCAAAGGAAAUCGAACAAGUGAAAGCGCCAUGUAAUAUAAAUUUCAUAGACGACUGCACCAUCGAAGUAGGUAAAUUAGAUGGAUCAGAUUCAAUGAGCUGCAGUGGAAAGCUACGAGGGACAAAACAAGAAUUUUCAUUUGACAAAGUAUUCGCACCCAAUGCAUCACAAGAAGAUGUGUUUGAAGAAUUAUCUCUUUUAGUACAAUCGGCACUUGAAGGAUAUAACGUUUGCAUAUUUGCUUAUGGCCAGACUGGUUCUGGCAAGACGUAUACUAUGGAAGGAGAAUAUGGAUUACAGACUGAAGGCAUGAUACCUAGAACGGUACGUCAUAUAUUUAAAGAAAUGAAACAGUUUGAACUUCUUGGUUGGAAGUAUCGAAUAGAAGCAAGUUUCCUGGAAAUUUAUAAUGAACAUAUUGUAGAUCUUCUUGAUUCUCAAUUAAAGACGCAUGAGAUACGAAUGGUUGACAAUAAAGGUCAGGAUUUAUAUGUUAGUAAUCUAUUGAUAGAAGAAAUUCACAGCCCAGAAGAGUUGCACGAAUGUCUUCGAACUGCGCAACGCAAUCGAGCUGUUGCGGCUACUCAGUCAAAUGAACGAUCAUCCAGAUCACAUUCAGUGACAAGAAUACGAUUAAUUGGUACACAUAUUGUGAAACAAGAAGUAUCAAUAGGAAAUUUGAAUUUAGUUGACUUAGCUGGAUCUGAACGUUUGAAGAGCGAAGAAGCCAUCAGGACAGCAGAAACAAAAAAUAUCAAUAAAUCUCUGGCAAAUCUUGGCAACGUUAUUUUAGCGCUUUUGAAAAAACAGGAACAUAUUCCUUAUAGAAAUUCUAAAUUGACUCACUUACUUAUGCCUUCUUUAGGAGGUAAUUCGAAAACUUUGAUGUUAUUAAAUAUAUCUCCAUUAGACGAAUGCUAUAACGAGACAUUAAAUUCAUUGAGAUUUGCUAGUAAUGUUAAUAAUUGCAAGACUGGAAAUAUUAAACGAAGCCGAAUGAUUUUGCAUAACACGACUAACUGAAUAGAGAUAUGUUUCGAUUAAAUAGUAUUACGUUAUACUUUUUAUUUUAUGUUUUAUUUUUACACGAUGUUUUAUUUUUACAUGAUUAACAUUUCUCUUAUUGAUGUAUCAAAUACAAUUAAUAUAAGAUAAUUUAAUAAAAAUGAAAAUAUAUUUUCGCGAUUGGUGACAAAAUCACAAUAGAAUUGUCAUCUUUUAAUUUAAUAAUACGAUAUGAAUUGUGAAUACACCACUGAUAUAAGUAAUAUUGAUCUUUGAAGAAAAAGUUUAUGUGAAAGCGUCAUAUAUAAGCGUCAUACACCAAAAAUAUACAAUCUAACUUUGUAUAAGAUUCAUUAUUUUAUAAGGAAGUAAAAUAUAUCUUAUACUGAGCUAAAUUAUAAUGUAAGGACACAUAAAUAGCUAUGCAAA